AUGUCCGGCAGCAUGAGCUCUGCGACAUUCAACGCACAGGCUUCACGCAACAGCGUGGCAUCCAUCAUAACGGAGGCAGCCGCGCGGUUUGCGACCAUUACGCAGCUGCAAGAAGUAUGCGCGCAGCAGCAAGGCAGCAGCGGCAGCAGCAGCAGGCUGGACGACAUGCUCUAUCUGCUGGAAAGAUGGACCCUGGAUGAGUGCAGCUCAAUGAUUGACAGACUGCAGCACGUAUUGGAGGAGAAGGAAGAGGGUGUGCGGGCCGCACAACAACAGCUUGCGGCUGCACAGGCGGAGCAUGACAAGGUCUGGGCGGCCCUUGCGCGGGAGCAGAUGGAGAGGAUGAUGGCGGAGGUGGAGAGGGUGAAGCGCGAUGCUGAGCGACAACGCAUGCGCGACAGACACGACAGACAGCAACGCAUCCAGGAGGCGAGGAACGUGAAUGCACAGCGGAUCGGGGACAAGAGAAAUGAGCUCACGCACGCACAGGCCGAAGCUGGUUUGGCAUCGCCGACCGACCAACAGGCAUUUGCAGCGGCGGAGAGGAAUGUGACUCAGUUGGAGGAACAGCUUGCCACGCUGCUGGUGCAACGUGAUAACCUGCGCAGAGCGAUGGAGAAAAUCAUCAAGGAGAAUGAAGAAGAAAGGAUGAGGGAUGAAGAGGAGAAGGCGGCAGGUGAGCCGCUGCCACACACCACAAGUGCCGAGCAUCUGUGGACUGUGGUGUCGCAGGUGGUGGACGACGCCCUGGCGACAGCAUGGGAGGCCGGCCUUGUGCCCGCCGCUGCUGGCCCGCCCCGACUGGCCACUAUCACUCUAUCUGCUCUCCAAGAUAUCGAGAAGCGCGUUGCGGAGAAGAAGAUCAGCUCACUUGCCGCGAUCAGAGACGAAUUCUUCUUCAUGACGCCACCAAGCAGCAUCACCAAGCCCGAGAAGAACCCGUAUCUCGUCUACUGGCCGGACAAUGCCCAGUUCUUCACCGACAUAUGGCGAGAGCCACUCGCAAAACAGUUUGAGCUGAAGGCUGAUGACAUCACGCCACAAGCAGUGAUUGCAAAGAUUCACGAAAUCGAACAGCUGCUGGUCUCCAGCGCCGACCCACACUGCCCCCGCGAGGACCGAGUGACGCUUGACCUACCACAAGGUUUGCCUUCACCAAAACUGCUGACAACAGGAUGGGCCAACGAAGCGGAGAUGCGUACCGAUAUCGCUCAGCACCUCAACGCCAUGGCUUUGCGCCUCGGAGCCUGGGUCACGUUCAACAGUGAGGUCCCAAUCAUGACGUUCAAGCCAGGCACCCGCCCCACAACAGACAUUGUGAUGGUGGAUGGUCGUACAAACACAAAAGUGGCCGUGUUUGAGCUCACGCUAGGCGAGGAUGCUGACUCGCUUGGCCAGUUGGCAGCGUACGCACACCACGCGAUUGUGGCGAACGUGCACCGCAUUGCAGGCGAGCACGUGCCUCUGGAGAAGCUGCCCCUGCUCGCUGGGCUGGCGAUGUUUGGGCUGCGUGUCAACCCGGUGCAGACCACCGUUGUGGAGUUUAUGGUGGCCAACGCCGGUGGAGUGGUGAAGGUGGUUGCCCACAACAUCAUGUCCAUGCCGACGAAGAACAUUGGGCAGGCUGCUCUGGCCAUUUCCUGCUUUGCGGACUUCCUCCACGCGAAGUACGCCCACGCCAUCAAGCAGAACACUGAGCAUGGCAGCGACUUUGCGCUGAAUGUCAUGAAGCCCCAUGUGCUGCACUUCAACCCCGACAGCGGCAAAGCAGAGGCACCGAAAGUGCUCAGUUCCGUCGCCAACAAAGGCAGCGGAUACGUGUGCAAGUUCAUCAAGACUGGGCACCGUGCUGGCGACUUGUGUGCUGAAGAGAUUGAGAACAUGUGGAAGUAUGUCAACGGGCAACGCGCUUGCAGUCGCAUCCCCACCACCAACAGCAAGAGCAGCACCACGAACACCACCAGCAGCACCACGAACACCACCAGCAGCAACAUCAUCAGCAGCAGUGGCAACGACACGCAGAUGAUUGCGGUGCCCCACCUCGGGUCGACCCGCGCUCACAUUCACGAACAGCACGUGGUGCAGCUCUGCAACAGCUUGUUUCUCCUGUCAGCGGCUGGUCUCGUUCACCAUGACAUUCGCUGCGCCAACGUGGUCGUGAGCGGCGACAAAGCCUCUCUUAUCGACUUCGAACUGGCUGGCUGUGACGCCGAUGUCAUGGAGGCAGCGGAACUCGAGCCGGCUGAGGUUGCUCUUCGCAGGGACCUGCCUGAGCGGUCAGCACGCAUCCGUGCAGCUGGUGACGAGCGAGUGAAACGCCACAUCGAGGAUGACUGGAUUGCCAUGUUCUACGUGUGCGUUCUCCGGUCUGCGCUCUACAAGAGGGCACCGCAGAUGGCACACAGGGCAACCAAGGACGCCAUGCUGGCCGCGUUGGAACAGCUCGAGCAGCAGCAGCAGCAGCAGCAGGGGAAGGGGAAGCAAGGGGAGAAGGAGGAGGGCCAUGUGGUGCUGGUCGGGAUGAACCCGACGCUGCCGCAGUCGUGUGAUUUGCUGGGCUGCAUCAAGAAGGUCAUCAAGGACAUCCCGCUGUACGACUGA